UCCGUCAUAGGACAUGUAUUAAUUUAAGUGUGGCAGUACAGCCCCGAUCCUAUAGGUGGCGGUAAAGGUCCAUGUAACGGCAUCCCUGCCACCAAAACAAGAACGUAGCUUUCCCAUUCCCUUUGCUAGCAUAUAAUGGAACAAACUACAAAUGAAGCUCAUGUAAAUACAUUUACAUGCCAGUUCUGUGGUUUAAGUUGUCCUUUUACUUGCUACGGGCAGAAACCACCAAACACCAGAGCCAUCGUGUUGCUGGAAGAGAGUUUUGUGACGAAAGACCCCUUCAGUCCGGACAAGGAAAAGUUCCUUGUUUUGGGUUCAAAGUGUAGCUUGUGUAAUGCAACUGUUUGUGUUGGCUCGGACUGCAGCCUUUUCUACACCAGGAGGUUCUGCAUGCGCUGUGUCAACAAGAACUUGGACCAGUUCCCCUGGCAGAUCCAGGCCGAGCUGGGCAAAAAGGGGCAGCCGACCCUGGACGCCACCAAGCCAUAGUUUAUGGGUUCUUAAUAUUUUCUCCUUUUGUAGGUGAGAAACACCAUUCCAUAUGCUGCAAUGCACUUCUGCAAUAUGGCAGCCAUCACAAAGGAACUCACAGUACCAAUUUGCACAAUUAUUUUCUUUGAUUUCUACACUAAAGGAGUGCCCUCCUAAGGAUAUAAGACACAUUCAUCUUUAGGAUUCUCUUUGAAUGAGCACAUUUCUAAUAGAAAUGGAUAUUUGGUGCUGAAGUGUCAAUAUUCUAUCACAAAAUGGCCACAUUGCCUCUGUUUAUGAUGCUGAACACAUUCAUUCUUGCACUUGUAUGAGUCAUAGACUUCUGUGGAGUCUUAAAACUGCUAGUUGGUCUGUGAAAAAACAACAACCCUUAGGUGCUCUUUUCUUUCCGUGUCAUCACAAUAUGUUUUCAGGGGUGACAUUAGCACACCGCAUGCUCGCCAUAGCUAAUGCACCGAGACGCUUGCUCUCACAUCACCAUAAACACUAGAUAGGAUGAAAGAAAUACAGCACCUUAAUCUUUUAUGUCCAAAAGAGUCCACAGAGUGCAACCUGCGGCACCACAGUGGCAAAGUCUAACAGCGAUAAGCACCUAGCCAAGUAUGACGACACCACUCGCUCCUCAACACUGUCGUCAUCACUUUCAGGAGGUUUGUGCUGCUGUUCUCCCUUUUAUUUACCCCACCUCGCCUGCAAAUGCCACAUGGUCCUUUAGCAACCCUGAGCUGCUGAGUGGAUUUGCGGUGAUUCAAUCAAGUUGUGCCUUAAGUUGUUUGUAGCUCAUCACAAUUAGAUCAAGCCCUGCUCUCUAACUUGUGGUUUGAUGGUCGUGAUAGUAGUACGACACAGCCUGGAGUGGCCAUCCUUCAAUACAGCUUAUGUUUUUAUCUGGUCACAAGUAGCCUUUAAACUCUUUACAAUGUGCCAGAUAGCAGUUAUUGAUGUUAAUGUGAACAUUGUUCAGAUAAGUGCUGUAAACCGCUGACGCUGUAAUUUGCAGUAGAGAUUUUCUACUUUUUACUUUCAUUUACAUAUGAAGUUAAAUCAAAGGCUCUAAUGAACAUUAAAAGUAUUUGUAAAUAAACUACGUUGUGUAGCUUUUUGCGUUUUUCACUAUCCAAAUUAUAUUUAUUUACGACAUAAAUGGUGCGCUACAAUGCGUAUUUUAGUUCCCAAAAUAAGAAAUCUAGAUUUUGUUACAUAUUUUUAGUUUGCAUUUCUACAUAGUAUGAUUUAUGAAAUAGAAUAAAUUGCGAUGAGUUUUUUUUUUAUUCAGAUAUUUAUUAUAGAUUAAAUGAAAUCCGUUAAUGCUUUUUUUUUAAUCAUCUUUUUUUUUUUUUCAAAAUAUGAUUGGCCCCUUUGUGGCACUGCCACAACAUCAUUCCUGUUUUCUCCAUCAUGUCGCUUUUAUUGUUACGUGGUAAAAACCCUCGUUUUUUAAAGCUAGUUUUGAACAGGAAACGUUGAGCAUAUGGCCAUUUCUUCAGCGUGAAUGCAUCACGGUGUCAACAAAUACUGCAGUCAAACUAUUAAUGAGGCCAUUAUUGGUGUGUAGAGUUAAUCCAAUCUUCCUUAGUGGUGCUUUAAGGGCGCUCAGUGGGCGGUCCAAAGUAGCGCAGACCAAUGAAUGGCCUUCCCUGUUUAAAUAGUCUCUUCAUGUCAACUUGUCUUCUUCACUCACUGCAGCUCCCUCUAACGCCAUGUUGGCUGCCAUGUCCUGACUUCUGUGCAUGACUGUCUACGUCUUUCGGGUUUACUACCAUCCUGACAGGAGUCAGUGAAAAUCACCGUUCUUGUGGAUCUUAACAGACUUUUUUUUUUUUUUUGAAUGGAGUAUCCGCGCUGCAUUUCUGCUGUGACUACUUGGGAAUAGU